CCGCGCCGCGCCGCCCAUCACGCAUCCAGCACGGGGCAGCCGCUAGCCAUGAAGUCGCGCGCGCAGACGCUCGACGUCGACAAGGUCAUCAGCCAGCUGCUCGUCGGCCGAAAAAAGGGCGAGAAGCAGGCGUCGCUGGCGGAGUGGCAGGUACGCACGCUGUGCCUGUCGACGCGCGAGCUGUUCCUCCAGCAGCCGAUGCUGCUGGAGCUGGAGGCACCCGUUAACGUGGCCGGCGACAUCCACGGCCAGUACGACGACCUGCUGCGGCACUUCGACAAGCUGGGCCACCCGCCCGCCGCCAACUACCUCUUCCUCGGCGACUAUGUCGACAGGGGAAAGAAUUCUCUAGAAACAAUCUGUCUGCUGUUAGCAUACAAACUAAAGUAUCCCAAUAACUUCUUCUUACUAAGAGGGAACCAUGAAUGUGCAAGCAUUAACAGAGUUUAUGGGUUCUAUGAUGAGUGCAAAAGGCGAUAUAGUGUGAAAUUGUGGAAGACCUUCACUGAUCUGUUCAACUGCCUGCCAGUUGCUGCUCUUAUUGAGGGGACAAUCUUCUGUAUGCAUGGUGGCCUCUCUCCACAAUUACAAGAUUUGAAUGAGAUUCGAAACAUUCCCAGACCAAUUGAUGUACCUGACUCUGGACUGGUUUGUGACCUUUUGUGGGGAGAUCCUGCAGAGGGGCUGACUGGAUGGGCUCAGAAUGACAGGGGUGUGAGCUAUGUCUUUGGUUCAGAUGUAGUUCGCCAUUUCCUUGAGAGGCAUGACUGUUCACUCAUUGUGAGAGCACAUCAAGUUGUUGAAGAUGGGUACCAGUUCUUUGCCCAGAGAUCAAUGCUUACUCUAUUCUCAGCACCAAAUUACUGUGGAGAAUUUGACAAUGCUGGAGCUGUCCUUGGUGUAUCAGAAGAUCUCACAUGCUGGUUCAGUAUAUUACCGCCUCACAAGAAGAAGGUGUUUAUUCGCUACAAAUGAGACUUGCUUCAAAUAGAAGAGGAAUCCUAACACUUCUUGAAGGUUCCCACAAUAAGAAAAUAUUUUAGAUUACAAUCACUAUUGCACUGGGUGACCAUUAAGCUCAUGAAUUCCAAGCUAUCAAAAAAUCACAGGAACAGGGAAAGAAAAUAAUUUCUGUCUAAAAUGUUAAUUGUAAUAGCUAUUUUUACAUGAUGUGAUUCUCUGUUAAAAACAGCAUUUCAACAGAAAAAACAGCCCUUUAGUUAAUGGUAUUUUUUGAUCUUAAUGGUCAGCCCUGUUAGGGACAUCACUUUUUUAUGCAGGCUUUGUAGAAAUGAGAGUGAUCAGCCACGCUGUUGUGUGCUUCUUCAGUGUUUGAAAAGCAACUCAGAAAAUGCCACCUUAAAAUGCAUUUUGACCUAAUUUUAUUUUACUGGAUUAGUGGUAUUUUUAGUAUUGAGGGAAAUAAUCCAACCUCAUGAGUGAGGAUACACUGACUGCCAUUAUUAGUAAAAUUAAUUUGCAAACUUGAGAUGUGAAAAUAUUUUAAAUAGAUUAUUUUUUAUGGUCUAAAAGUAUUGUUCUGCUGCACUUUAAGGAAUCAAACGAAAUAAUUGUAAAUGAAAAGGUACUGUUUUUAUAUUUAUAAUGAAUAUUUAAUGAACUGUUACAUUUGAAUAACAGAAUAAAUUUGAGAAAUGUUGAUUCUCAGUAUGCUUGAAAUAUUUUGGCAGUUUUAGUGCUGAUAGCACAGUUGAUCAGUGACACAAACUCUUAUCACACACUAUCUAUUUAUUAUGUUGACAAUGAACUAAAACUUUAACUCUUGUAAGCUUGUGUGGUGGUCAAUAUGUAAUGAUAAGCACUCUUAAUUUAUGAUUUGAUUUAGCAUCUGCAGUAGUUAAAACUACUUGAUCCACUGCUCUUUGGAUUUCUGUGUGUCCGGUAUAGUUUUACUAGCACUCUUGGUAUGCAGAAAGUACCAACUGUGUUCUGUGUAGGCAAUUCCUUGCCUUAUGCUAGUGCCCAUAUCCAGUGGUCUUGCAAACAGAGAAUAUGCAAAUCAAAAAAUGGUGACUAUGGAAACUUUGCAGCAAAUGACUCAAAGACAGGUGCAGACUUUUUAAACAGCAUGAAGAUAAAUAUUAAUGAAACAAAUGGAGAGUUUAUAUGCCAGAAGGAAAGAGUGAUAGAUUUAUCAAGUAGAUGGAUAAAUAUACACAACUGAAAGGAGGUUAAAAAGGGAAACAGAAAUGUGAUGGUAGCUACUAAUGUGUAUUUUAGUCUGUAAAAGAUUAUCUUUACCAUCAGCUUUUAAAAACCAUAAGUAAGCCAAACCAUGUGCUGCCCUUUAUGAAGCCAAUACCGGUACUACAUAUAAAUACUGUUUAUAGUAAGCUUUGAUAAAUAUAUCCAAGCUAUAUUUAGCAUCAUAGUAAACAUCAAUAGUACUGAAAAUGCUUCAUUUUAACAUUUUAUAGAUUGAUGAAUACUUCUACCUCAGUACAGUUAUUUGUCUAAAUGAAUUCUGAAAAAUUUCCUCUACUUAAAUAGCUGCACUGUCCGUUAACACAUUGCUGUUAUUGAUUUUUCAAUCGUUCACAUCAUUAGAAACAAUCUUUCUUCAUCAGCUACAAAACAAGGAAUUUCAGUGUGUUAUUCACGAGAAUGGAAUGGCCAUUAACACAGUGGAUCAUUCAUUGUCUAUAGUUGGUAAAAGUUAAAAUGUUAUGUGAUGUACAGACAAGGAACAGUAUAAACAAGUUAAAUUGUUAAGGAAUAAACACUACAUGAAUACUUAGAGGUAUGAUGUAUGAAAAAAUCUUGGGAUAAUAUUCUAAGGAAACAAAAGAGAGACAGAUAGAAAUAAAAUAGUAUACUGAAUACACAAUUACAGUAUUGCUUGUGAAAAUGCCAUAUGCCUUAAAUCAACAAAUAAUAUUUCCACAAAGCAACAUUUUCUUCUAAGGUUUGUCAGG